AUGAAUUAAAAUAUAUUAGUAAUUGGUGCAGGAGUUGCUGGAUUAGCUUGUGCUUAACACUUGAUUAAAUAGGGUUAUAAUGUCAAAUUGUUUGAAGCAUCAAAUAGAUAUGGGGGAAGAGUGAAACCCUUAAUUGGAUUUAGUGAUAGGCAUUUAGAGGCUGGAGGAUAAACAAUCCAUCAUCCAGAUAAUGAUUACUAUAAAAUGGCUAUUGAAGCAGGUGCUAAAUUAGAAAUAGGAGGAGAUUUGGUUGGAUCAAUUUAUGAUCCUAUCCAAAAAAAAGUCAUUACUUUUAAUGAAUUUGAAGAUCUCUAUGAAAAAGAAUCUUAAUCAAUUGAAGAUUUCAUAAAUGAUAGAUUUUUAGAGGAUGAGCCAGUUUUGUAAAGAUUGUAAAAAAAAGGAUAUAAUAUGGAAUUUAUUCAUUUAUUUUAUGCUUUAUAUGGUAGUGAAUAUGGAGCUUCUAUAGAAAAAAUAGGUGCCAGGGCUAUUGGAAGAUAUGAAUUCGAUAUGCCUAUGUUUGUAUCUGAUUAUGAAAUUGAGAAUAAUUUUCACCACCAAAACAUUUUUGAUAAAUUCUUCAAAGAAGCUAUAUAAAUAAUUGAAUAUAAUAAGUAAGUACAAUCAAUAUCAAUUACUAAUGAAAAAGUUUAAGUAUAAGUAAAUAAUGAACCAAAUGAGUUUUUAUUUGAUUAUGCUGUUUGCUGUGUUCCUAUAACCCAGCUUAAGAAAUUGAAAGUAGACCCUCCUUUUGAAGAAUCUCGAAUAAAGUAAAUUAAUCUGGUUGGAAUGGAUAAAGGAGGAAAAUUUUUCAUUAAAUUAGAUAAAAAGUUUUUAGAGCAUGAAGAGGAUUUCUUUUUACCUAAAUUUAAUCACAAUUCCCUAUGGUGGGAUAGUUCAAGUGAAAAUUAAUCAAUUAUCAUUGGAUUAUUGGGAUUAAGUGCUCAUAAUAGAGUUAUGGAAAUAGGAAAUGAAGAAUUUGCUAAAGAGAUUGUUUAAACAAUAAAUGAUUAAUACAAAGUUGAUUUGAAAGUGAUCUCUUAUCACUAUGAAGAUUGGGGUAAUACACCUUUUAUCGAAGGCUUGUAUUCAUUUCCCAUGGCAGGAAUUGAUGAUAACUAUAGAUAAAUCAUCUCUGCACCUCAUUAGAAUAGAUUGUAUUUUGCAGGAGAAGCUUAUCAUCCUAUUUAUUAUUCAACAAUUCAUGGAGCUUAUGAAAGUGGAGUUAAUGCAGCUAAAAAAAUAAUUAAAUGA